AAACAAUACCCAUUCACUUUGUAGUAUAUAAGUACGUCGAACCAUCGUAAAAAAGACCACGGAAAAUACAUUAUUCCUGUAAAUUUUUAUUUUGUUUCGUGUUCGCAUAGAAAACGGAACAAAAAUUCUCACAAAAAAAAAAUUUAGUUGACAAACAAAUCAGCGUGGCUGCAUAUCAAUUGAAAAAUUGGAAUCAUAACCAAUCUGUUUGGCGACCGACAAAUUUAGUGUGUACAGCUCAUCUCGAUUUUGUGGAAAGUCAAGUCCGCCAUUGCUGUUGUUGAUAGUGGCUUGAAAUAUAUUGUACGGUGUAUUUUGUGUGGUUUUUUUUUUUGCAUUUGCUCGGUAAAAAAGGAAGUAUCUUCGAGCACGCGACACAUUUUUAUGAUUUUUCAUCGAAACUUGUUUUUUCAUCGAUAUUAAUCGUAUAAUUCGACUUACACCAAAUGCGAAUCAAUCAAUUCUAAACAUAAAAUAAAACAUUAAAUGCCACCACCAAGACCACCGACCGACUGACAUAUCUGUGGAUAAGUCUUUUUAAUUGUCGCUCAUUAUUUUGGCUCAAAAUCUUUCACAUCAUAUCUAUUAUCAAAUGAAAUUUCCAAUCUUCGAUCUCAAACAAUUUUUUCUAUUUAUUCAUUAAAAAAAAAAAAACACAUUCUGCCCAACAAUUUUGUUUUUCAAAGCAAUUGUCAACAUUUUCUGAUAAACCAUAUCGCCGCGAAUAAAAGACCGAACGAAAUACGGUCCAAAUCAAUUUGAGCAACCCGGAAUUUUUAAGUCAAUUGUCAGUGCGUUAGUACGUAUUUAAAAUACGUAACAAAUUGUAAAUAUGACGGCAACGGAUCAAAUGCGAGCUAUGCUCGACCAGCUCAUGGGAACAUCACGAAACGGAGAAGGUGAUAGAUUCACGUUGAAGUUUAACGACCCAAAAGUAUGUAAAUCCUUUCUACUCGAAUGUUGUCCACAUGAAAUACUAGCAUCAACGCGCAUGGAUUUAGGCGAAUGUCCAAAGGUACACGAUCUUGCAUUGAGAGCGGACUACGAAAAGGCAGCGAAGCACAAAGACUAUUACUAUGACAUCGAUGCGAUGGAGCAUCUGCAAGCAUUCAUCGCCGACUGUGAUCGACGCACAGAUGCGGCAAAAAAGCGUUUAGCCGAAACACAAGAAGAACUUACCGCCGAAGUGGCUGUCAAAGCAAAUGCAGUACAUCAAUUGGCAGAGGAAAUUGGUAAGAAAUUAGCAAAAGCAGAAUCGCUGGGUGAGGCCGGUGAAGUUGAAGAGAGCAUACAAUUAAUGGCUGAAAUCGAUGAGUUACGUGCAAAAAAAGUGGCAGCCGAACAAGAGUAUCGAUCAUCGAUGCCGGCAAGCAGUUAUCAACAACAAAAAUUACGCGUUUGUGAAGUAUGCUCCGCAUAUCUAGGCAUUCAUGACAACGACAUUCGAUUGGCCGAUCAUUUUGGUGGCAAAUUACAUUUAGGUUUUAUGGCCAUUCGAGAUAAAUUAUCGGAACUAGAGAAAACAGCCGGACCGCGAAAGAAUGAUUUGAAACGAUCUGGAAGAAGUGACCGUGACUACGAAGACACUUCAAGAUACGGUAAGAGUCGCUACUAUGUCGGUGGUAGAGAAUUAGAUCGACGAUCUCGUGUUCAUCGAUCCCGAAGUAAAGAGCGCAGACAUGGACGAUCAAGUCGCAGUAAAAGCUAUUCAUCACGCCGACACUCGCGCUCACGUUCACGCUCCCGGGAUCGACGAUAAUAUGGAAAAAUUACAAAACGUAUUUUAAAUAAAAUGUACAUGAAAAAUCACGAAAUUGAUCCCUAAUUACACCGAACAUGAGUUAUUUAAACAUUUAAGACAUUUAAAAAGAGAAAAUAAAUAAAUAUACACAAAACCCAA